UGGAUAAACAAUACGAGUACUUUAUUCAAUGUAUUUUGUUUGUUCAUUCAUGGAUUCCUCAUCAACUUAGCAAAACAGCAUGAACAAAUCCAAGAACUUCUUUAAAAGCAUCAAAAACCCAUUCAAUUUCAGCUCAAGUAAAGCUACGUGCACCCGAAAGAAAAGUCAAGAAGAAGAUUUGGGAAAGAUUACUGCUCAAGAACAGAAGGUUUUUACUUAUGAAACUUUAGUUUCUGCAACAAGAAAUUUUCAUCCUGAUAAUAAGCUUGGUCAAGGGGGUUUUGGCCCUGUUUUCAAGGGAAAGUUGGAUACUGGGGAAGAUGUUGCCGUGAAGAAGUUGGCACAAACCUCAAACCAAGGGAAAAGGGAGUUUGUAAAUGAGGCCAAACUAUUGGCUCAUGUACAACAUCGUAACGUUGUGAGCUUGUUAGGGUAUUGUGUGUCCCCAGAGAAGCUUUUGGUAUAUGAAUAUAUAGCUAAUGAGAGCUUAGACAAGCUUCUGUUCAAAUCUACGAUGUGUGAUGUAUUGGAUUGGAAGCGUAGAUAUGAUAUAAUUGCUGGUGUAGCACGAGGUUUGCUUUAUCUUCACGAGGAUGCACACGAUUGCAUCAUUCAUAGAGAUAUAAAAGCUAGCAACAUUUUGUUAGACGAAAAAUGGGUACCUAAGAUUGCUGAUUUUGGCAUGGCCAAGCUCUAUCCCGAAGACCAAACUCAUGUGCAUACUCGUGUAGCGGGUACCAAUGGAUAUAUGGCACCUGAGUACGUCAUGCAUGGUAAUCUCUCAGUCAAGGCAGAUGUAUAUAGCUAUGGUGUGGUGGUUCUAGAGCUUAUCAGUGGUCAAAAGAACUUUAGUUUUAACCUCGAUCCCCAGUGCCAAAACCUUCUUGAUUGGGCGUACAAGCUUUACAAGAAGGGCAAAGGGCUUGAAAUUUUGGCACCAACAUUGGCCUCUACAGCUGACCCUGAUCAAGUAGCUACCUGCAUAAAGAUUGGAUUGUUAUGCACACAAUUUGAUCAUCAUUUGCGGCCUACCAUGGGUCGUGUGGUGCUGAUGCUAUCCAGAAAGUCAGGCACGCUUGAAGAACCAACUCAACCUGGGUACCUUGGCUCAAGACACAGAAGGUCGCACAGGACUGCUACAUCUUCUUCUUCAGACGGGAUGUCUCUUGGGUCCAACUCUCAAUCUAGGUCCACCUUCACCUCUAAUACCACCACAGCUACUGCAACAGCCACAGGUACCCCUCAUACAUCCGCACCCCAUGUAAGUUCAGCUUCUGAUUCUCACCGUAGACGCCGUGGUUCGAGUUCAGUAUCAGAUCCUUAUGGUAAACGGCCAAUGCAAUUAUAGAAUGUUGCUAUACCAUUUAUGUAGGAAUUAUUAGCUAUUCUUUUUGUACAUAGUACACUACUACACUAGUGUAGAUUCUUGGAAAUGGAUGUGUACUGAUAAUAAGGUCUAAAAAUUGUCAUUAUAUAUUAUUUGAUCUUAUCGUUGCUCACUCA